UUUGAAUUGAAACAGAAGGGCUGGUCAUAUUGAUGUGCUUUCUUCUUUGCUAAUGUACAGGCUUUACUCUUUCAUACAUCUUCCAGUUCGUCAUCAUCCUCGGGUCCGGUCGAAAGAAUUUAGCCUUGCUUGGUUCUGCUAGCGUUCGAAGCUUUUUGUCUGUAUAUAGAUAGUUAGAUACUCGAACUGAUCUCUUUCCCAUUUCAUUCCUCAGUUGUGUCAAAUUCCAUCACCUGAGAAAUCCAAGAAACCGUAAUUGAGAUGCAUUUUUCUGCAGAAAGUGAAUGGAAAAUUGUUGGAAAAGACAUCACAUCCAUGAUGUCAAACAUAUCCAAUCAACAAUAUAUACAAAAGUGUCUAAACCUAAGCGGGUGUACAUAAAUACAAAGAAUGUGCAAAAAUAAGCUUUCCAAAACACCCUCCUCAAGACUACCCUUUUCGUGGGGGCGGCUCCGGAAAACACCUCAGAGGGUUCAAGCAUCUUAUAAUCUUGUCGUGUAGAGUUUUAGAGGGCUAUUUAUGUCCCAAAUGUAUUGUGGAUGGCCCCAACGUUUAUCCCGUCAAUUUGGCUAACAGACAACCAACCGGAGGUCCACAUUGCUGGAUUUGAAUAGUUUGGGGGAAACAUUGUCACGAUUGAUAGUUUGAGGAGGUAAGAUGAAACACAGUGAUAGCUUAAGGGGUAAUAUGUCAUUUUCUCCUAUCUAUAUCCAAUUUGUACGCAGCCUAGGGUUUUCGGUGCAACCAGCAGCAGCAGCAGGCAGCAGCCCUAAUCGUUAAUCGGACGGCGAUAAAAAAAAGAAGAAGUCCUUAAUCGAACAGAUGAAUGUUGAGAAGCUUAAGAAGAUGGCCGGUGCGGUCCGCACCGGCGGGAAGGGUAGCAUGAGAAGGAAGAAGAAGGCUGUCCACAAGACAACCACGACAGAUGACAAAAGGCUCCAGAGCACGUUGAAGAGAAUAGGGGUGAAUGCCAUACCCGCAAUUGAAGAGGUCAAUAUAUUUAAGGAUGACGUAGUUAUCCAGUUCACUAAUCCCAAAGUCCAAGCUUCUAUUGCUGCCAACACUUGGGUUGUUAGUGGAUCUCCUCAAACAAAGAAGUUGCAAGAUAUUCUUCCUGGAAUUAUUAACCAAUUGGGGCCAGAUAACUUGGACAACUUGAGGAAGCUGGCAGAGCAGUUCCAGAAGCAGGUUCCUGGUGCUGCAACCACUAUACAAGAAGAAGAAGAUGAUGAGGUCCCUGAACUUGUUGCUGGUGAGACCUUUGAAGCAGCUGCUGAAGAGGGCCACACCCAUGAGGGCCACACCCAUGAGGGCCAUACCCAUGAGGGCCACACCCAUGAGGGCCACACCCAUGAGGGCCACACCCAUACUUAGGGAGUUCUAUAUAAUUUUGUUCAAUUUCUUACUAGUAUUCAGUGUUUUUCGGAUCUGUUCUUUUUUGUUUUAAGGUAAAAGCGAUCCCUUUGAUGUUUGAUGUGGCAUACUAGGAAGUUCAAUCUUUUGAGUGGUAAAAACUAUUGCCUUUUCAAGUUCAACUGCUCUUGGUUAUCAAUUCCGAGGAUCAUGUUGGUCUUUCGAACGAAAAUGGAUCAGCCCUAUGUAUCAGAAUGAAUCAUAAUGAUCAGUUAUCAAUUUCCCAA